ACUCACACACGCUCACACACACUCACACACACGCUCGCACACACGCUCACACACACCGCUCACUCUUUUCCUUGAAACCCUUCCCUCCCCGUUGUGUGAACGACUACGGUACCAGUGCUCUACUGUACACAUCCUACCCUACGCUACCAGCCCAGCCCAGCCCACCUUUUAACGUUUUACCCUCCUGUCGCCUGCCACCCCUUCACCAUCAUCACCUUCAUCACCACCAUCACCAUUAUUCACGUCCCCUCCUUGCCUUGACGACGGCUACCCUUCAUCCUAACCUUAACCGCUUCCCGCCCGCCGCUCUAGGGAAAAUCACCUCCCAUUCCGCCGCCACACGCGACUCCCUUCCGUCAUCCACUUCAACUCCUCCACUCGUUUCACCUACCCACUUCCCGGUUCACGCUCCUUCCGAGCUUUUACCCAUUCCUCUCCGGCACUCCCUUUGACCUGGCCGCCAUAAACAGCCGAUACACCCGCUCCCGCUUAAACACUUUUUUUUUUUUUUUUAAAAAAAAAAUUUUAAUUUUUUCACGCCUAGUUUGGAAGUUACGGUUCGGUUUUUGUCGAUUGGGGGGAAAUAUUACGACCGUUUGGAUUAGUUACGGGAAGGAUUGGUAGAAGGAACCGGGUGGAGUUGAUUGUAAAGGGAUUGUGGGGGGGGGAAUAGAUUUCAAGGAGGUGUUAUCGGUAUAGUGGAUCGGAAUUAGUUGCAGAGAGAUAGAGGGGAAAAGGGGGGAAGACGGGAGGAUACUAUUUUUUGUGACGAGAGAGCGUGAGUGAGAGAGAGAGGGACGGAGAGAGAGCUGGGAGGGGAAAAAGUUUUUCUUCUUCUUUUUUCGCUGCGGAAAAGUGGGGACCAUUUUUCGCUUCCGUUGUGAAAGAGCCUCAGGCAAGAAGUUUAAAAUUUCGGACGGUCGACUUACUCGCUCACUCGCUCUCUUACGGUACAUACGCCAUCAUUUCUGUGCUCGGGAGGAAAGGCAAAAAGGGAAGGGAUAUAUCAGGUAGAAGUAGAAGGGGGAAGAGAGGAUAAAUCACUAAUCUCGUGAGUUUAUUCACUUUUCUUUUUUCUCCUUUUUUUUCUUUUCAUUUUCAUUUUCAUUUUCGUUUAUUUGUUCAUUUUUCCUUUUCCUCCCUUCCACUUCUCUCCUUGGGUUACCUGGGGUUUCGAGGCGGUGGGGGAAAAGCUAGAGGGCACGAAGGAAGGAGAGAAGAAAAAAAAGAAAAGAAAAAAGGGCUCGACAUCAUCCCCAUCGAGCAAAAACAUCUCCUAGCAACGAUCCACGAUCGACAAACCCGCCACUUUCCCCUUCCUCUCUCCCAAGCUCUCUCUACUGUUCUCGCACUCUUUCCUCACUACCCCGAGCAUAACCCGUCACGCAUAUACCCAUCCACCCGUCCGUCCACCUAUGUUGCCAUUUCAACUGACCAUAGUUCAGGGUUUGGUUCAAUAGAAAUCUCCGAUCAUUCACCUCCACGCUCAGCCUAUCGCACAAUAAAGACUUUCCCACGCCAACCACCCCCUGACCCUCUCUCCUAGGUUGGCUCUUUGCCCAACUUUCCAAACUUGAAACAUCUUUGUUGUUCUCGACGUUGAAAGUCCCGACUUUCACCGUCCCCCUCAUCCGCCAAAAUCAGUUCAACACUUUCUUCUCACACUCCUCCCCCAACGCCAUCGUCGCGUAUGACAACCCUCUACUCUCAUCAACACCACCACCCACCCACACCUGCUCUGGAUCAACCCACGCCCCAAUCUCCUCCCCCUUUCUACAUGUCCUCAAACCAUGCGCCCUCCAGUAAUUAUUCCGACAAGUUCAGCCAUCACCACCCUUCAGCUCUCUCGCCGCCUAGUUCUUCGAUGACCUCGUCCUUCUCCGGGAGCUCGCGUUCCCUCCAUCCGUCAAAUACCAUACCGACCCCCGCUAGCUCUGCCGCGAACACCGUUCCCGCGACUUUUGAGGAUAACGAGGUUGACGUGAUGAUGGAUGAGGGAAGCGACACUGGAUCGAACAAGAGGCGCCGGACCAGUAGCAGUUCUUACGAUCGCACCUCGCAGACUAUGCCCCCCGCUCUGCGACAUCGAGGGGACCUGCCCGACGGCAUCUCCCCUCCGAUACCCACUGAGCAGGAGCUACUUUCCCAGCCCGAUGUUUCGCCCUACUAUUUAGUUUGCUCAAAUCGUUCGUCCCCCCCCCCCCUUAUUCUCGCUGUUUCCCCAGCUACUUUCGGUAAGUUUUUGUUUGCGCGCUAGAACACUGGGAUUAACGCGCAGCAGCCCGACAACCCUCAUACCCUGAUCUUACAGAUGAUCUCCUCGCUUUGUACGGCCUCCGCGAUAUUGCCAACUCGGUAGCGCGAAAGAAUCCUACAACCGGGGCGAAAAAUAAACUUCGAAAAAGUUUUAAGGGGUUCCUCGGUGGUCUGGCCGGCAAGAAUGUAGUUGUCACAAAGGCUUCCCAGACGGAAGUAGAGCCUGGAGGAGAAGCUGGGGGCGGUGGGGGUGAUUAUUUUGCGACUUUGUUGGGGUUUCCGGAUGAGGAAUGGCGCAACUUGCAGGUUAUUGGGAAGGAGGCCUCCAAGGGUAUCGACAUGGGGAAGCUGAGGAAAGGGUUGUCCAUGGGGAGGGGGGAUAUUCCGGGGGUGCGUUGAGUUCAAAAUUGCCGCAGUGGCAUGAGAUUCCGAGGGGAAAAGAAGGUUACUAAUGAGUACUCUUGAUACAGUUUGAUCCUUCCAUCCUUGGACUCGACGAGGAAUCUCAGAGGAGGAAAACUCCGUAUGUGGGCUCCACAACUCCUGCUAUAGGCGCUGCUGUAGGCACCCCUGGUCAUGCCAAUGGUUCAACACCCGGGGGACCAUCCCCCGCGGGCGACGAUCGACCCAAACGCACGAAACGGAAGCGUGCCGAUGGCGGGGAUGACGAUAAUGGUGUGAACGGCAGCGCCGGAGGUCUAGUAGGUGGUGGGAACUAUGGUCCGGGGUCUGGUGUAGGGUCUGGAGCAAUUGUCGAUGGCGCAGGAUGGGAAGGAGAAAAGCGGAAAAAGAAGCGGAAGAAGGUUACUAAUACUCUCUUAACCAUGUGAAAUGUUUCCUUUGCUUCUUAUCCUUUUUUUUUUCCUACUCUUCCACAAUUUUAGACAGAACAGAAAUGCUCGAACCUUAGUCGCGGAAUAAUAUACCCCACUAUUUCUACUGUGUCACGCGCUUUCUUCUUCUCCCCUUUUCCGGUUUGCCCGCGCCCACAUACAUAGCCUAAGCCUUCCACCCCCCCCCGUUCUCUCCCAAGUCUUUUGUUCUUCGCAAUGUCGUCUGACGAUCGACUAAUUCUUGGUCCUUUUCAUACAGGGUCCUGGCACGAAUCCACCCGGGCCUGCGGCAGCCGGGAACAUGAUUCACCACCACCACGUACGCGAAGGGAUAACGGUGCAUGAGAGAGGUGGCGGGUACGAUCGGUGACCACACACCGGUGCCGUGGUGCGCCGAGCGUUCUGAGUUGACGUCCAACAGAACGAUGACGAUGAUGGGUGUUUUUGUGUAUACGUAUAUACAUUCAGUACUGAGUCACCGCCCUUUUCUACAUAUCUACCCGCCUUUUCUUUUACCCUACCCACCUUGCCACCUACCUAUCUACUCACCUAUUGUCUCGGCGAACCAUUGUAGCCAAUUCGCACGCAUGCGCGCACACACUGGUCGGAUUGGAUUGGAUUGGAUUUUUUUUCUCAUUUCAUUUUCUGCGCCCUAGAUUGGGUUCACUUUUUUAUCUCCCCCUCUCUAGCAUUGGGUUGGGCAAAGGGGGAGACGUUAUCGACUAUUGGUGCCUAUUUACUUGUCAGCUGACUUUCUAUGCUGCUAUUUCGCUUUUUUGCUUUGUCUACCGAGUUACGUUUUACCUUUCCUUCCUUCCCCCACUUCCUUGAUUCUCGCCUGUAGGCUGUGGGCUAUUAGUCGAUAAUUCCUGCAUUCUUUGGAGCUUAAAAAUUAGUUUUUCCUUUUCCCCUCUUUUGUUUUUCCUGGGCCGGUUUUUUUAUUUUUAUUUUUACUUACCGCUACCACCAUUACUUUACAACUUACUUACCUUUCUCACUCCUAUCACAUUAUCAUAACUUAACCAGCCCCUCCAUCCGUCCUCCCGUGUGCCCAGAAAAUCCUUGGUUGGGAAGGACGAAGAAAGGGGGGACUUAAUAGUGGCCGUACGAUAUCACGAGCACGAUACGAUUACGAAUCCGUGUAUAUAACUUAUUUCCAUCCAUCCAUCCGGCCCGCCUUCUUUCCUACCCGUUACCGAUUUGUUUUGUCUGCUGUUUUUAUCCGCUCUUCUAUUUUUCUUUUCAUUUGCUUUUCUUUUCUCCUUUGCUUACUUGUUGGAGUUGUGUUCUGGUUUGGUUUGCUAUUGGGCUGAUGGAUGGAUGGAUGGAUGGAGGGAGGGAGGGAGGGAGGAAGAGGGUCUUAUUGUACAUCACGUAGAGGUUAGUUUCUCGGGGGGGGGGAAUUAAAGUUAUCGGGUG